GGCCGGCGGCGCGGAGGCGCGGGCUCAGCGGGCCCCGCGCGGCCUCGGGUGCCCAUGGGGGGCGGGGGGCCGGGCCGGUGACGCCGGACGCCCAUGGACGCCCCUGAGGAGCCGCAGCCGCCGGUGGUCUACACCAUGGAGAACAAGCCCAUCGUCACCUGUGCUGGAGAUCAGAAUUUGUUUACCUCUAUUUAUCCGACACUUUCUCAGCAGCUUCCACGAGAACCAAUGGAAUGGAGAAGGUCCUAUGGCCGAGCUCCAAAGAUGAUUCACCUGGAAUCCAACUUUGUUCAGUUCAAGGAGGAGCUGCUGCCCAAAGAAGGGAACAAAGCCCUGCUCACCUUCCCCUUCCUCCACAUCUACUGGACGGAGUGCUGUGAUACUGAAGUGUACAAAGCUACGGUAAAAGAUGACCUCACCAAGUGGCAGAAUGUUCUGAAAGCUCACAGCUCUGUGGACUGGUUGAUAGUAGUAGUUGAAAAUGACGCCAAGAAAAAAAACAAAACCAACAUCCUUCCCCGAACUUCUAUUGUGGACAAAAUAAGAAAUGACUUUUGUAAUAAACAGAGUGACAGGUGUGUUGUGCUCUCCGACCCCUUGAAGGACUCUUCUCGAACUCAGGAAUCUUGGAAUGCCUUCCUGACCAAACUCAGGACGCUGCUGCUCAUGUCUUUUACCAAAAACCUUGGCAAGUUUGAGGAUGACAUGCGGACCUUGAGGGAAAAGAGAACAGAGCCAGGCUGGAGCUUCUGUGAAUACUUCAUGGUUCAGGAGGAGCUUGCCUUUGUCUUUGAGAUGCUGCAGCAGUUUGAAGAUGCCCUGGUACAGUACGACGAGCUGGAUGCCCUGUUCUCGCAGUAUGUGGUCAACUUUGGGGCCGGGGAUGGUGCCAACUGGCUGACUUUUUUCUGCCAGCCGGUGAAGAGCUGGAAUGGACUGGUGCUCCGCAAGCCCAUAGACAUGGAGAAACGGGAGUUGAUACAGAGGCAAGAAGCCACACUGCUGGACCUGCGAAGCUACCUGUUCUCCCGCCAGUGCACCUUGCUCCUCUUCCUUCAGCGACCCUGGGAGGUGGCUCAGCGUGCCCUGGAGCUGCUGCACAGCUGUGUGCAGGAGCUGAAGCUCUUAGAAGUCUCUGUCCCUCCCGGUGCUCUGGAUUGCUGGGUAUUUCUGAGCUGUCUGGAGGUGUUGCAGAGGAUAGAAGGUUGCUGUGACCGGGCACAGAUAGACUCCAACAUUGCUCACAUGGUGGGACUGUGGAGCUAUGCAAUGGAAAAGCUGAAGUCCUUAGGGUACCUGUGUGGACUUGUGUCAGAAAAAGGACCCAACUCAGAAGAUCUCAACAGGACAGUUGAUCUUUUGGCGGGCUUAGGAGCUGAGAGACCUGAAACAGCCAACACAGCUCAGAGUCCUUACAAGAAACUCCAGGAAGCACUGUCAUCAGUAGAAGCUUUUGAAAAGCACUACUUGGACUUGUCCCAUGCCACCAUUGAGAUGUAUACAAGUAUUGGGAGGAUUCGAUCUGCUAAGCUUGUUGGAAAAGAUCUGGCAGAAUUUUACAUGAGGAAAAGGUCGCCACAGAAGGCAGAGAUGUAUCUUCAGGGAGCUUUGAAAAACUACCUGGCUGAGGGCUGGGCCCUGCCUGUCACACACACGAGGAAGCAGCUAGCCGAGUGCCAAAAACACCUUGGGCAAAUGGAAAACUACUUGCAGACCAGCAGCCUUCUAGCCAGCGACCAUCAUCUGACAGAGGAGGAGCGGAAGUACUUCUGCCAGGAGAUCCUCAGCUAUGCCAGCCAGCAAGAAGACAACCCAGGUCACAAGGUGGUGCUACCCAUGCACUCUUUUGCACGGCUAAAGGAUCUCCAUUUUGACCCUCCCAACGCUGUGGUCCAUGCGGGUGGUGUCCUGACUGUGGAGAUAACAGUAUGCAGCCAGAUGCCUGUCCCUGUCCACGUGGACCAGAUUGCUGUCAACGUCCACUUUAGCAUUGAAAAAAACAACUACCGGAAGACAGCUGAGUGGCUGACCAAGCACAAGACUUCCAAUGGAAUCAUCACCUUCCCAGCCGAGGCCUCCCUGUUCCCUGCAUCUCAGAACAGCCUGCCUGCCCUGGAGUUGUCGGAGAUGUUGGAGAGAAGCCCCUCUGAUAAUUCUUUGAACACCACGGGCAUUAUUUGUAGGAAUGUCCACAUGCUCCUCAGGAAGCAGGAGAGUGGCUCCUCUCUAGAGACACCCUCAGGAUUGGCCCUGGAGGAUGGGGCCCAUGUGCUGAGGUGCAGCAGUGUGACUCUGCAGCCAGGAGCCAACAAGAUAGCAUUCAGGACCCAGGCCAAGGAACCUGGAACAUACACGCUGCGACAGCUCCGGGCCUCGGUGGGCCCCGUGUGGUUUGUCCUUGCACACAUCCACCCCGUUGUACAGUACGAUGUGUACUCUCAGGAGCCUCAGCUGCAUGUGGAACCACUGGCUGAUAGCCUUUUGGCGGGCAUUCCUCAGAAAGUCAAGUUUACUGUCACUACUGGCCAUUAUACAGUAAAAAAUGGAGACAGCCUUCAGCUCAGCAAUGUUGAAGCCAUGCUCAUCUUGUGUCAGGGGGAGAACAGAGCCGUGGUCUACUCUAACUCAAGAGAGGAGAGCUCCACUGCCUUACUCCGGAUCCAGUCCUCUGACAAGGUCACAAGCAUCGGUCUUCCCACUGCACCUGCGUACCACGUGAUCGAGUUUGAGCUGGAGGUUCUGUCUUUACCUUCAGCUCCAGCAGCUGGUGGGGAUACCAGUAUUCUGGGAACACCAGAGCCCCACAGGAAGCAGAAAGACACACAGAGAACUGACCAUUGCAUGGUCACCACAGAUCACAAGGUGUCCAUUGACUGCCCGUGGUCUAUCUACUCCACUGUCAUUGCACUGACAUUCAGUGUGCCCUUCAGGACCACGCACUCUCUGCUCUCCGCUGGAACUCGGAAAUAUGUGCAAGUCCGUGUCCAGAACCUGUCAGAACUGGACUUUGAGCUGUCUGAUAGUCGUCUGGAAGACAUGGGUCAUGCUACUGACCUGAGGCUGGAACCCCUGAACACGCAGUCUCAGCAGCUUAUCCACAGCAAGCAGUCCGUGUUCUUUGUCUGGGAGUUGACGUGGACGCAGGAACCUCCCCCUCCUCUGCACUGCCAGUUCUCUGUGGGGUUUUCCCCAGCUUCUGAAGAGCGGCUGACCAUCUCCUUGAAGCCCUACACUUACGAAUUUCACGUGGAGAACUUUUUUACACUGUACAAUGUGAGAGCUGAGAUCCUCCCUGCUUCAGGGACUGAGUACUGUAGGACAGGCUCGCUCUGCUCCUUGGAGGUGUCUAUCACACGGCUCGCCGACCUCCUGGAUGUGGACAAGGAUGAAGCCCUCGUGGAGUCUGAGGAAUAUUUUUCCACAAAGCUUAUGUACGAAGUUGUGGACAACAGCAGCAACUGGGCUGUGUGUGGGAAGAGCUGUGGUGUCAUCUCCAUGCCUGUGGCUGCCCAGGCCACUCACAGAGUCCAUAUGGAAGUGAUGCCUCUGUUUGCUGGUUACCUCCCCUUGCCUGAUGUCCGACUGUUUAAGUACCUCCCCCAUCACUCUGCUCACGCCUCUCAACUGGAUGCUGACAGCUGGAUAGAAAAUGACAGCCUGUCAGUGGACAAGCACCUAGAUGACCAGCUGGACUGCAGCAGCGUGCGGAGUAGAGGCAGCACACACUCGGCUUCCAGCAGCGAGCACAAAGGCUUGCCCAUGCCCCGACUCCAGGCACUGCCCGCUGGCCAGGUCUUCAACUCCAGCACUGGCAUGCAGAUCCUGGUCAUUCCCAGUCAAGACGACCAUGUCCUGGAAGUCAGUGUUACCUGACGAUGCCAUGGGGCAGCAAAGUCAGAGUGGCCGUGAGUGCACUUUAGGGAAUGUGGCUGGAUUGUGCUCUGUGGUAACACACUAGUUCUAACCAGACUUUGGCAGUUCUGCCUAGCUACAGACACAGCAGAGAACAGUGUCCUUCAGCUGCUCAGUGGAGUAGAGAAUCACCUCAUGUUGUCUAUGACACAGGAUUUGUUUUCAUUUUUUCACCCCUGACCCUGUCCCCAUGCUGGUACCCCAACUCAUCGUACCCUCCCCACAAGACUGGUCCCCUCCCACAGCCUUUCUCUGGGUGGCUCCCCAUCCAUUUCCGUUUCUUUCAGAUGGACCUUCAGCAGACUCUGCAGUCUUCUUAUGGCACUGUGUGCCCUUCUGCUCACACAGCCCAGACCCUGGGCGACUUGUGGGCCUCCUGAGGGAUGAAACACUGUCUGUCCUACACUCCAGAUUCCCUAGUUAUGGUUUUAUAGUAACACCUUUUGGGGCCGGGGUGGGGUGGGAGGGAACAUAACCCCUUCUGUGCCUUGGGAUGCCCGGCAGAUCACAAGGUCCAUCUGUAGAAGCCACAUGAAAGGUACUGGAGAGACGACCAGAGCACAGGGAAGUGUGAUGUGGACAUGGCUUAGGCUAAAAGUUCUGGAUCCCUGAUUCUCCCUAAUGUUGAUUGAAUAUCAUAUGCACUUGGAAUUAAAUCUAUAUUUAUUAUAAUUGUUGGAUGUGGGGGUGAAAUGUUUUCUCUCACUUUAAAGUCUGCUCAUGUAUUGUAGCUGUAUAAUCGACAUCUUUUGCACCUUAAGUCUUGGAACUGAAGAUGCUCCAUCCGGAGUGAAGAUGAGAGAGGUCUCUCUUGUGCUCUGGUCAGUCGUAAAGAAGGACUCAGGGCCUGGAGGAGCCUCUGCUGGUCCACUGGGUUGCAGUCAUACCGCGCCAACGGGUUCAUUGACUUUUGGUUGUAAAUUUGAUUGUACAUAUUGUUGAUUUAUUAUUUUUAAGAGUACAGACUAACUGAUGUAAUGUUUGUGUAUAAGUUGCACCAAAAAUCAAGGACAAAAUAAAUGUGUGUUUGUUUUUACUGGUGUGGAAGUCAUAGCUUGUAAAUACAUGCUGUAUGUAUUAAACGUUUUCAUUCCUCCGAAGUCAUGUAUUUUUGUACAUAUGAGAUAGAGUGCUCUGGGUUCAUUGGCGUGGCUUACAUGAGUGGAACCUGAGAUGCAGAGCUGGACGAGGAAGCAGUGGCUGUCCCCCAGGGACCGAGUUUGGGCACAGGGAAUCAGGAACACAGGCAGAAACCAGGAGAACCAAGCCAACAUUUUCAGUGUUUAGUGUAUUUCCUUUUUAACUCAGUCAGCAAAUAAAGGAUGAUGUUAUUCCUA